CCCCACAAGAGUUGCCAUUUCCAGUAUCUCCCUAGUACUGACAUUGGUCCAAUUUCGCCGUUUGCAAUUGCACUUCAUUCAAAUACAACCAGAGAUCAUGGGCAAAGACAAGACGCCUAGCAUUGGCGAGCAACAUGGAGAGGACGAGCAGCCCGGAGAGAUCAUUACAAAAGACCAAGAUGUUGACCCAGCGCUGAAGAUGACCGGCGGCACGGUCGUCGAGUUCACGCCCGAAGAAGAAAAGCAAGUGUUGACGAAGAUCGACCUGCACAUGCUGCCAUUGAUGUGCUGGGUAUUACGGUAACAAAAUCGAAAGACGGCAGAUGUCUGUAAAAAGGUAACUAGAAAGACCAAGAA